UUUUCAUCAGUCCAGACUCAUUGGUCAGUGGUGAGUUCCAGUUUCGGAUGAAAUGUAUUGGGACGAGUGUUUCCUGUUAAUUGGACAAACCGGAGAUUCGAGCCGACGAUAUGUGAGGAUUGAAAAAAUGGAAUUAAAGAUUUUUUUUGGAUGCAGAGCCUGGGUGUCCCUGGUGGGGAUGUUGGUAUAGUCGAUGAGGGAUCGGAUGGACGAAAAAAGAUGGUAUCGGUGGUGGCAACUUGUUGAAGAUCCCCAACUCAACUGGAAGGUUGGGUGGGCGCUGAGUACGCGCCACUGUGCCAGUACUGCCAGUCGCCUGGUGACCGCGACCGGGUUAAUAACGCGCGUUAGCCAUGGAUUGAAGAAAAAAAUAAUAAUAUAUCAAUAAACAUUGGUGUAUACCUGUGUCACCCCCUCCCUUCACGUUUACUUGUGUUGUGAUUUUUCCAAUCAAACUCAAUCUCAAAUCUCCAUUCCAUCCUUUUUUUUUCUCACCAUCUUGAGUUGUGCGUUAAAUCAACAAAGCGAAUUUAAGAAAAAAAAGUUCAUUAUCAGCUUGAGUCCCAAGACACAGUGAAAUUCAAAACAAGCGGGUAUCUGUUUGAAUUUUCCUGGGUUUGAUAGAAAUUCAUUUUGAAAAAUAAAAUCAAAAACGAUAGGAUAAGUGGCUACAGUGGAUGGAUUGUGUUGGAUGUUAAGAUAACUGUGGUAAAUUAGUACGGUGAAAUAUAUAUAUAUAUACAUAUAUAUAUAUUUUUUUUUUGUGAACCGGAGCGCGCGAUGCCGGUGGCCGAGAUGCUGCCGGGCCUCGCUUCCGGUCUCCUUGAUUUUCAAAGCCGUUGCGCUGGACAAUAUCGACGCAAUACAACCUACCAGCUAUUAUUUAUUGCACUUGUCAAUUUAGUGCUUGUUCAGACGAGUGUCAUCGGGGCUAUCAAGGGCAUUGACGAUGGAGCUGGCUGUGGAACGGGAAUGUUCAGGUGUUCGGACGGAAAGUGCAUACAGCAACUUGCGGUAUGCAACUAUCAGAAGGACUGCGAGAAUGGCGAGGACGAAAUGCAGUCGUGUCCACCACCUGAGUGUGAGGCGGGUCAAUUGUCCUGCAGCCAGUACAUUUUCAACAAAACUUAUUGCAUACCCCAACACCAAAGAUGCGACAGAACGGUAGACUGCGUGGAUGGGACGGACGAGGCCGGAUGCAUAUACAGAAAAUGUCAAGUAGAUGAUUUCAAAUGCAAUGGGGGCCUGUCAACCAAUGAAGUUUGCAUUCCAAAGGAGAAGAAGUGCGACGGCUACUUUGAUUGUAGAAAUGAAAAGGAUGAGGAGGCAUGUCCGCUGAAUGUGAAACCCGCAUGUAGAUUGGAUCAAUUCAGGUGUAAUUCGACACAGCGAUGUGUCGAGCAAAGUGCAAGGUGCAAUCACAAAGACGAUUGCGGCGAUAACAGCGAUGAGGAGCAUUGCAAUUUUCCACAGUGCACGAUUGAGCAAUACAGGUGUGCAAAUGCCUUAUGCAUUCCACUGGUUUUUCGCUGUGACGGUCACAAAGACUGUCCAGAUGGUUCGGACGAGAAGUCCUGCAAGGUGACAGUGUGUCCCGACAACAAGUUCAUGUGUCCAAAGGGUGGAUUAGAUGGCAAGCCCCUGUGCAUCGAGAGAUCUCAGGUCUGCGACACUAAAGCUGACUGUGCAGAUGACGCUGACGAAGUUGCUGCAUGUUCCAAAGACGCUUGUCCCUCAUUAAGAUGUACCCACAACUGUCGAGCCUCCCUCACUGGUGGUACCUGCUACUGCCCCGAGGGAUUUAUACUCGCCAAUGACUCUGGCAUUUGCAUCGAUAGAAAUGAGUGCAAUGAGUGGGGAUACUGCGAGCAACUCUGCGAGAACACCGAGGGCUCGUACGUAUGCAAAUGCGCUCCUGGAUAUAAUCUAAUUGGUCGUAACAAGUGUCGUGCCCAGAACAAUCAGCACUGGCCAGCUGUUGAACUCUUGCUAGCCCAGGAUCGUGCACUCUGGCGUAUGUACGCAAAUAAUAAUAAUCGUACACUAGUGGCUAAUACCACUGGUGCUAGUGGUGUUGAUUACCUAUUCUCGGAGAAUCUCUUGUUUUGGAGCGAUAUAAAAACGAGAAAAGUUCACUCUCAACCCCUGUCACUGGCUGACUCAGCCGCUGAACAAGUCGAUAUAUCACCACCUGGAUCAUGGUCUCCAGUGGCGAUUGCUGUUGAUUUCAUCGGUAGAAAACUCUAUGUCGUCGACUCAAUCGUCCAGAAGAUCGAUGUGUUCGAAUUGGAUGGUCGCUACCAUGGAAUAGUCCUUGGUUCAAAUCUCACUAGUCCUGCGGAUAUCGCUCUCGAUCCCACUGUUGGCCUCAUGUUCAUUGCUGACAAUAAACAAGUACUCCGUGCCAAUAUGGAUGGAACUAAUGCAUUUUCAAUCAUAUCUGAAGCUGCCUACAAGGUAUCCGGUGUUGCUGUCGAUAUGAUUGCCAAGAGAAUUUACUGGUGUGACUCUUUACUCGAUUACAUAGAGACAGCUGACUACAAGGGCGGAAAAAGGGUGAUGGUGCUGAGGGGAUCGCAGGUACCUGCCCCCACGAGACUUACAGUUUUUGAAAAUCAGGUUUACUGGACUGACAGCACAAAACAGGCUGUCAUGAGCACUGAUAAGAACGUGGGAGAUGGAAAUAUCGAUAUUAUAUUCAAAGUUCGUGAUGCAAAGGCUAUUAAGGCUCUUCAUCCUCUCGUUCAGGAUGCUGGAAAUAUAAAAAAUCCUUGUGGUAAUAACAAUGGUGGAUGCCAGCACAUGUGCAUUGUCACUGCUGCUGGAGGUAGAGAAAGUGGGCUGGGGUACAGGUGUGCUUGUAACAUUGGCUGGAGGUUAUCGAGUGAUCUGAGAAAUUGUAAUUUAGUUCAGGAGUUCUUGAUGUACUCCCAGCAGAGGUUCAUCAAGGGAAGGGUUCUGGACCCCGUGAUGGAGGGAUUCAGUGAUGCUAUCCUUCCAGUUGUAUCCAGACGCGCUAGAUUCGUCGGGCUGGACUACGAUGCACACGAGCAGUAUAUAUACUACAGUGAUGUUCUCCAGGACGUUAUAUACAGGGUACAUCAGAAUGGAACUGGUAGAGAGAUCGUUUUAGCCAGUCAGAAUGAGGGGGUCGAAGGUCUGGCAGUCGACUGGGCAGCCAAGAAUCUGUAUUAUAUUGACUCAAGAAAAGGAACGCUCAAUGUUUUGAGCACGAGAAACGUCACGUAUAGGAGAACCCUGCUCAAGAACUUGAAGAGGCCAAGGGCCAUUGUUAUCCAUCCAAAUCACGGAUAUAUAUUUUUCUCCGAGUGGGAUCGCCCUGCAAACAUCAGUCGCGCUCACGCUGAUGGAUCUAGUCUCGUGGUAUUCAAGAACUUGACUCUGGGAUGGCCCAAUGGUCUCGCCAUCGACUUCACUAAAGACAGGCUGUACUGGUGCGAUGCAUUACUGGAUCAUGUUCAGCACUCGAAUCUGGAUGGAGGCGAUGUGAAAACCAUCAGUCCAAGGUUAAUAAGACACCCAUUCUCGAUUGCUAUUCAUGAGCAGUGGAUGUAUAUUACUGACUGGAGAUUGGAUGCAAUCAUUCGAUUGCACAAGGAAACAGGCCAGCAAGAGGCUAUCCUCGUGAGAGAACCAGCUACUAACAGAUUAUAUGGGGUCAAGGUCUUCAGUAGAGAUAUUCAGAAACCCUCGGAUCAUCCGUGUUCUAUUAACAACGGUGGCUGUGAGAAACUCUGCUUCGGCAUUCCUCAGAACAUCUCAAGCAGAUACCCAGGACUCCCUCAAUUGUCAAGGGUCUGUGGAUGUCCCUAUGGAGAACGACUGAUGCCCAAUGAGAGAACCUGCACGUCAGAUCCCAAAGCCGAGCCUCCGGUUCAAGCCUGCCCCAAUCCUUGGGAUUUCACCUGUGCUAAUCAACGGUGCGUACCUCACUCCUGGGUGUGCGACGGCGAUGACGACUGUCUGGAUAAUAGCGAUGAAAUGCAAAACUGCACGAAACCCACUUGUACAACAAAUGAGUUCCAGUGUAAAUCAGGAAGGUGUGUCCCCAUGAGUUUCAAGUGUGACUCUGAAAACGACUGUGGAGACUACAGUGAUGAAGCCAAUUGUCCGAAUGUCACAUGUAGCGCAAGUCAAUUUGCUUGUGACAAUAAUCGUUGUAUACCGGCCUCCUGGAAGUGUGACUCUGAGAAUGAUUGUGGGGACAGCUCCGACGAAGGGGAAUUUUGCGCUGCUAAAACCUGCGCGUAUUUCCAAUUCACAUGUCCGAGGUCGGGCCAUUGUAUCCCCCAGUCUUGGGUGUGCGACGGAGAUAAUGAUUGCUUUGAUCAACAGGACGAGAUGGAUUGCCCACCAGUUACUUGUCUGAGUACACAGUUUACAUGCGCCGAUCGAAAAAUGUGUGUUCUAGAGUCAUACAAGUGUGACGGACUGUCAGAUUGCAACGAUGGGAGUGAUGAGCUUGGCUGUCCAUCAUUGGCACCCGAUCAGUGCAAUCCCGACAAGCAGUUCCAGUGCGUGAGCUCUGGUGUCUGCAUUCCCAAGAGCUGGUACUGCGAUAGAACACCUGAUUGCAAUGACAAGUCAGACGAGCCAGAGUCCUGCGGUCAAAGACCAGAUGAGUGCCCCGUUGGGUACUUCAAGUGUGUCAAUCCGGUCAAUCAGAGUUGUGUUUUCAAAACGUAUAUCUGUGAUGGUAAAGACGACUGUGGCGAUGGCUCCGACGAAGAUCCUCUCCUCCAUGCUUGUGCACCGCCACCCUUCAAAUGUGAUUCAAACCAGUGGCCGUGUCCUGGAGUGACUGGACGUUGCGUCAAUCUGACCAGUGUCUGCGAUGGUAAACCAGAUUGCCCGAAUGGUGGAGACGAGGGCUGGGGCUGUGAUCUCACUGAAUGCAGUCAUCAGGGUGGGCUCUGCAGCAAUGGAUGCAUUCAAACACCUGUCGGAGCUGAGUGCACAUGUCCAAUGGGCGAGGAGCUUGACAAGGAUGGUUACAACUGUCGCGACAGAGACGAGUGUGAUCCACCUGGUUUGUGUUCUCAAACGUGCACAAAUACCAAAGGGAGUUAUGCCUGCAGUUGCAACGAUGGGUACAAACUGGAAGCUGACAAUCACACAUGCAAGGCAUUCAAUCACUCGGCCGCCUUCCUCAUCAUUUCAAAUCGUCACACAAUUCUGGUUGCUGAUCUUCAGGAGCAGGCACUCGAGAGAGUGCCUAUCAAUGUCGAGAAUGUUGUGGCAACUGCCAGUAACAUGCAGACUGGAACAAUCUUCUGGUCGGAUAUGAAAUUGAAGAAGAUUUCGCGUCUGGAGAAGGGAGGAGAUCCCCAGGACGUGGUUUCUACUGGGCUGGAUCUCGUUGAGGGACUGGCUUACGACUGGAUCGGCAAAAAUCUCUAUUGGUUGGACUCAAAGUUGAAUACAAUCGAGGUUGUCAGAGAGACUGGCGAGUAUCGAAUGGUUCUUGUUAAGGAAAAUAUAACUCAACCCAGGGGUAUGUGUCUCGAUCCCAGCGCAGACUCGAAGUGGCUAUUCUGGACCGACUGGGGGGAAAAUCCUCGGAUUGAGAGAAUUGGAAUGGACGGUACGAAUAGAUCCACCAUCAUCAGCACUAAAAUCUACUGGCCCAAUGGGCUCGCACUGGAUAUCGCCAACAAGCGAGUUUAUUUCGCAGACAGCAAGUUGGACUUCAUCGAUACUUGCAAGUACGAUGGCUCUCAGAGGAUUCAAGUACUCGCUAGCUCUCACUAUCUGCUUCAUCCUCACUCAUUGACUCUCUUCGAAGACACAAUGUACUGGACUGACAGGCAAUUGAAUCGAGUUUUAUCAGCUCACAAGUUCAAGGGAACCAAUCAGACUGUCGUAUCUCAUCUGAUCUCACAACCAUUGUCAAUUCAUGUUCAUCAUCCGGUACUUCAGCCCAUGUACACUAGUCCCUGUAACAAUGCCAAUUGCCAGCAUCUGUGUCUCCUUUCCCCAAGUACUCCGUUGGGCUACACCUGCAAGUGUCUCAUCGGUUUUAAAUCCCUACCCGAUGGCAGAUGCAUCGAGGAAGAAGUCCCGUACGUCAUGGUCCUUCGAGGCUCGCAGAUUGUCGAUAUCUCGUUGACCCCAGGAGACAGCAAAACAGGAUACAUCACACCUGUCGUUGGAAUUGAUGGUGGUGCUCUCAUAGAUUACGAUAGAAGAGAUAGAGUCAUUUAUUGGUUGCAGACGAGAGACGGGGACGAUGAGAACGGCACAAUUUACACGAUUCCUUACAUCGGAGGAAAUAAAACACAAUUCCCCAAUCCUGCUGGUGAUCCGGGUAUCGUUGGAUCUCCAUCAACCAUGGCGUUCGAUUGGUUGGGAAGGAAUUUAUUUAUCGGCAAUAAAUUUGCAUCAAAUAUCGAAGCCAUUAAAAUCGAUGGUGAGCCUAGAUACAGAACUAUUAUUUUGGCCAACGAUGGAACCCCGACCUCUGUAGCUAAACCCAAAGCGAUGUGUGUUGAUCCACUGGAGGGGCAUGUUUUUUGGAUCGACGAGGGUGGCUUUGGAGUGCCUGAGAAAAUCGGCAGGAUAAACAUGGACGGCACUAACUCUCUCAUCCUCAUCAACAACACUUACAACCUAGAGGCCAUCACUAUCGAUAUCCCCACAAAAAGAAUUUACUUCAGCUCGCAAUACCCUGCCUCCAUCAAAUCCGUCACAACUGAUGGUCAAAAUAUUCAGGAAAUUCUCUCCAAAACCAAUAACAUAGCUCUACCAAAAGCCCUCGCUGUUCACGAAUCAAAAUUAUACUUCUUGGAUCCAACCUACGAUAAAAUUGAGAGGGUUGAUCUCCCCAGUGGCAGUAACCCCGUCAUUCUCGUCGAUAACGAAUCCACUUUGAAGACUCUCGUGAUCUACAAGAAACGCGUCGACGGCUCUCAUCCCUGUUUGGUUAAUAAUGGAGGCUGCGACCAGCUGUGCCUUCCAGCUAAUGGAGGAACCAAAGUCUGUGCGUGCAGCAUGGGUUACAAGAUGAGUGGAGGAUCCAAGUGUGAACCAUUCAACACAUUCGCUGUGGUGACGCAAUUGGAUGUUGCCAGGGGAUACAGCAUGACUGAUUCGAAAGAAGCUAUGGUACCCAUUGCAGGCCCUGGUCAUCACAUUCUCCACAUCGAUGUCCAUUACGCCGCUAAUUGGAUCUACUGGGUGGAAUUCAACAGGGGUGUCUGGAAUGGAAUUUUCAGGAUUCGUCCCAAUGGCACCGAGCUCGCACCCGUCGUUAAAUAUGGAAUUGGAUCGAAUGGCAUUCGAGGACUGACUGUCGAUUGGAUCGCUGGGAAUUUAUACUUUUCCAAUGUCUUUCCACAUGAUAAUUACGUAGAGGUAUCGAGGCUCGAUGGUAGCAACCGAAAGGUCAUCGUAAAAACCACUGCCGAUGCUCCGAGAGAACUCGCUGUCAACCCCAUCAAGAGAGUGCUUUAUUGGAUCGACUACGGCCAGUACCCAAAAAUAGGAAAAUGUCAUCUAGAUGGCAGCGAUUGGAAGCCGAUAAUAACCUCAGGUGUAAGCACCCCUCGAGAUAUCACAAUUGAUCCUGUGACACACGAUGUCUACUGGGUGGAUUCAAAAUUGGAUAUGAUCCAGAGAGUCUCGUGGAUGGGUGGAAAUCAACAAGUCAUUCGCAGAAAUCUGCCGAACCCGAUGGGUGUUGCUAUCUUCGGUCCCGAUGUUUACUGGGUGGAUCGCAAUCUCCAGACAGUUUUCAAAGCCAGUAAACAACCCGGAGACAUCACUCUCCCAACUCAGGUGCGCACAAAUCUACCAAAACUCAGAGAUAUCUCCAUUUUUGACGCCAGUACUCAACCUCAAGAUAAUUCCAAUCCUUGUUCACGCACACCGAAUGGUGGCUGCGAUCAACUUUGUUUCGCUUAUCCAAGUGAGAGUGAUCCUAAGUGCGAUUGUGCCACGGGAAAACUUGGAGAAGACCGGAAGAAAUGCGAGAAUGUCGACGAGUACUUGGUGUUCGCUACUAGGACAGAGAUCCGAGCAAUAAAUCUUGACCCAAAAUCCACAAACAUUCCAUUCAAGCCAAUAGGGAACUUGACAAACGUUGUUGGUAUUGAUUUUGAUUAUCAGGACAAGAAAAUCCUCUUUACGCAGAUCAGGCCUUGGGCACAGAUAGCGUGGAUAUCUUCAGAGAAUCCAUCAUCAACGGAUAUUCACAGUAUAAUCAGCAAAGGCAUAAACCCGGAGGGGAUAUCCUACGAUUGGACCCAGAAGAAGGUCUAUUGGACAGAUUCCUCCAACAACAGUAUUUACGCAAUGAACAUCGACGGUACCGAUUUAGUUAUGAUCGCGCGAGUGGAUCGCCCGAGGGCGAUAGUCGUCGAUCCCUGCAGUGGUUCGUUAUAUUAUACCGACUGGGGACGCUUUGGCACAUCCGGCAAAAUAUUCCGCACGACAAUGGCUGGUUCACUUAAAAAUGCUAUCAUCGACAAGGAUUUGUCCCAACCGAGUGGUCUAGCUAUCGAUUACGACGACAAAAUGCUGUAUUGGACUGACGCUGUCAGAGAAAAAAUCGAACGCUCUGAUUUGGAUGGGAAAAAUCGAGAGGUACUCGUCAGCGCUACAAUCUAUCCCUUCGCAAUAACCGUCUUCAGGGAACAUAUUUAUUGGACUGAUCUUCAGCUCCGAGGUGUUUAUCGAGCGGAGAAAUAUACGGGAUCCGACAAAGUGGAAAUGGUAAAACGCCUGGAGGACUCACCGCGGGAUCUUCAUAUAUUUUCUGUUGCUAAACAACAGUGCAGUGUCAAUCCCUGUCUCAUUAAUAACGGUGGCUGCUCGCAGUCCUGUCACCCAGGACCCGAUGGACGUGCAGAGUGCAAGUGCGAUGACAACAGUAGACUCGUCAACGAGGAGAGAAUGUGUGUGCCAAAAAAUAUCGUCUGCGAUGCCAACAAAUUUUCGUGCAGAAACGGUAAAUGUAUUUCACGAAUGUGGGCUUGCGAUGGAGAUGACGAUUGUGGAGAUGGUACUGACGAGGACAAACAGUACUGCUCUCACCACUCGUGCAGUCCGAACGAGUUCAGAUGCAAUAAUGGAAGAUGUAUAUUCAAAACGUGGAAGUGCGAUCACGAGAAUGAUUGUCGAGAUGGGAGUGAUGAGGAGGGUUGUAUUUAUCCACCUUGCGCAGCUGGUGAAUUCACAUGCGCUAACUACCGCUGCAUUCCCCAAGCCCAGGUGUGCAAUGGUGUCAACGAUUGCAAGGAUAACGUUACAUCUGACGAGACACACGAGAGAUGCCCAAGAAAUAAUACGUGCGCUCCCACUCAUUUGCAAUGUAAGACGACGAAUAUAUGCGUCGAGCCUUACUGGCUAUGCGAUGGUGAUAAUGACUGCGGUGAUAACAGCGACGAGGAUCCAAUCCACUGCGCCCAGAGGACCUGCCCUCAGAACAGUUUCAGAUGUCCCAAUCACAGGUGCAUACCCGCAACGUGGUACUGCGAUGGAGAUGACGAUUGUCUGGACGGCAGUGACGAACCACCUGGUUACUGUCAAUCAGAAGGACGCACUUGCUUCGGAGAUCUAUUUACCUGCGACAAUGGCAAUUGCAUUCCGAGGAUUUACAUCUGUGAUGGGGACAACGACUGCCUCGAUAACUCGGAUGAGGACGAGAGGCAUCAGUGCAACGACAGAAAGUGCGAUGAAGAGACGGAAUUCACGUGUGAAGCUAACAAAGUCUGGAACAAGGCGCAGUGCAUACCCAAGAAGUGGCUCUGCGACGGUGACCCAGACUGUGUGGAUGGAGCCGAUGAGAACGUUACACUUCAUCACUGCCCUCCAACUCCACCUUGUCCGGAAAAUCAGUUCUCAUGCAACAAUGGGCGAUGCCUAAACAAGAAUUGGCUCUGCGAUCACGACAACGAUUGCGGGGACGGCAGCGACGAGGGGAAAUUCUGCAACUCCCAGUAUAAAACAUGCUCCCCACAGGAGUUCACGUGUCGUAACUUCAAGUGCAUCAAGUCCCAAUUCAAGUGUGAUGGACAGAACGAUUGUGGAGAUAACUCUGACGAAAUCAAUUGCGCACCGAGUAAAAACACAACGUGCCCCAAUCCAUUGGAUUUCAGGUGCCGAAGUGGUAUGUGCAUAAGUCAACAGCUGGUUUGCAAUAAAGAGCCUGAUUGUCCUGAUGAAGACGACGAACCACUUCACUGUAACAUCAAUGAGUGCACGAGAGUGGAGUUGAAUCAGUGUGGCCACUUGUGUAUAGACACACCAACGAGUUAUUAUUGCGAGUGCAGUCCAGGAUACAAACUCCUCGACGAUGGUAAAGCCUGCGCUGACAUCGAUGAGUGCAUUGAGACACCAUCGGUGUGCAGUCAGCAAUGUGAGAAUACACCUGGUGGAUUCUACUGCAAGUGCAACGAUAAAUGGUAUGAGAGAGCUGCCGACGAGCACACAUGCAAGCGUCGGGACAAGAUCGAGCCCUGGAUCAUCUUCACAAACAAGUACUACGUCAGGAACAUAUCCAUUGACGCAUCUAAAUAUGCAGUUAUGCAUCAGGAUUUGAUUAAUGUUGUGGCCCUCGAUGCAGACUAUGCAACGCAAAUGUUAUACUUCUGUGAUGUAACUGCCAAAACAAUUUAUCGAGCGCCCAUUGGAGGAGGAGAGAGACAAGCAAUUAUUCGACACGACAGUCUAGGAUUGGAGGGAAUAUCCAUCGAUUGGGUGGGGAGAAAACUCUACUGGUUGGACAGACACGCUAAACAUCUCGACGUCUCUGAGCUCGAUGGCUCCAACAGAAAAACACUCAAGAGUGGAAUUGCUGAUCCGCGGGCUAUUGUUGUUCAUCCAGGAACUGGCUAUCUCUACUUCACAUCCUGGCAUUUACAAGCGUAUAUUGGAAAAAUGGGAAUGGACGGGAGUAAUUUCACGAGGAUCCUGACGUGGGCUGAUGACAUCGCAUGGCCAAAUGCCCUAACCAUCGAUUACUUCACUGAUCGAAUUUUCUGGGCUGAUGCUCAUCUCGAUUAUAUUGCAUUUGCCGAUCUCGAUGGUCACAAUAGGAGAAUCGUUCUCUCCGGAGCUGCAGUUCCGCAUGUCUUUGCUAUUACGGUAUUCGAUGACCACAUCUUCUGGACAGAUUGGAAUCUCAAGGCCAUCAGCCGAGCAGACAAGUUCUCUGGGGACAAUCUCCGAGUGCUUCGGAAUACGACACAUCGACCUUAUGAUAUCCACGCGUACCAUCCCCUGAGACAGUUGCCCUACGUUAAUCCGUGCGCCGAUAAUAACGGCGGUUGCUCUCAUCUAUGUCUCAUUUCCCCACCUCGAUCAUCUUAUCUCCUGGAAAAUUAUGGACAACCCGGUGUCACUACGCAUCAGUGCGCCUGUCCCAAUCAAUUCUUCCUCGAUAAGGACAAUAAGACUUGUAUCUCUAAUUGCACAGCGGGUCAGCAUCGGUGUGGAUCACCCGAGGAGAAAUGCAUUCCGUGGUUCUACAAGUGUGACGGCGAGAGGGACUGCGCCGAUGGCUCGGAUGAACCAGCAUCUUGUCCCAAACGCGUGUGCAGAACCAGUGUAUUCCAGUGUGCCAAUGGAAAUUGCACACCCAGUCUGACGGUUUGCGAUGGAACUGAUGACUGUGGUGACAAGAGUGAUGAGGCUAAUUGCUCCCACGAAUGCGGAGAGCUAGAGUUCAAAUGUAAAUCCAGUGGAAGGUGUAUACACGCCUCGUGGAAGUGUGACGGAGACGCCGAUUGCAAGGACGCUAGCGACGAGGACCCGGCAAUUUGUCACAAUAGAACAUGCGAUCCGAAUACUGAGUUCAGUUGUAGAAAUGGUAAGUGCAUUCCCAAAUUAUGGAUGUGUGAUUUCGAUGAUGACUGCGGGGAUGACAGCGACGAGCCUGCGUUCAUCUGCCGUCAGAAGAAUUGUACGAAGGGGUGGCAGCGUUGUCCGGGCCAUGCCAACUACAGGUGCAUACCCAAGUGGUUGUUCUGCGAUGGGAAGGACGACUGUCGGGAUAAAUCAGACGAACUGCCAGAGAGCUGUCCUGUUUGCGAUCCAGAUGCAGAAUUCAAGUGUUCGAAUCAUCGAUGCGUUCCCAAACAGUGGCUAUGCGAUUUUGCUGAUGACUGUGGAGAUGGAAGUGAUGAAGCCGAGGCUGUGUGCAAGGGCAAAUACAGAUCGUGCUCGGAGUCGGAAUUCAGGUGUUCCAAUGGCAAAUGCAUCGCGUCGAGAUGGAGGUGCGAUAGCGAGGACGAUUGUGGGGAUAACAGCGAUGAGAUCGAAUGUAAGACCUUCGUGUGUCAGAAUGAUACGUAUCAAUGUGCCAGCGGUCAUUGUAUCGCCUCCCAUUUGUGGUGCGAUGGUACGAGAGAUUGUCGUGAUGCCAGUGAUGAGAUUGGCUGUCCGCCGAGAUAUCCCGAUGGCCGUUACUGUCCACAAUCCAGAUUCCAGUGUGACAAUAAUCUUUGUGUUUCACUGUCCGAUCGUUGUGAUGGAAGCGAUGACUGCGGUGAUGCGUCCGAUGAGAGCCCCACACUCUGCGCCACCUUUACAUGCGACAUCGUCCGAAGAUUCCCAUGCAACAAUCACCGGUGCAUACCUCGGUACCAGCUGUGCGAUGGCAUUGACAAUUGUGGCGACGGCUCCGACGAGAAUAAUUUAACAAUGUGCACGAAACGUGUACGCCCAUGCGAUCCUAUAGUCGAAUAUCAGUGUGCGAAUAAAAAAUGCAUCGAGAGAACUAAAAUCUGUGAUAACUCCGACGACUGCGGUGACGAAUCCGAUGAGCGAGGCUGUCAUCCGAAUAAACCCUGCAAUCCAGUAAAUAAGGGUGGCUGUGCGCACUACUGCCAGAAUGUAACCGACGGUGGUUACAUAUGCGCCUGUUACCCAGGCUACAUAACAUCCACAGAUAAUAAUAAACAGUGCGAAGAUAUUAACGAAUGUACAACAGGCAGUCAUCACUGCUCACAGCAAUGUACGAAUGUCAAAGGUGGAUUCUCGUGCUCUUGCACUGACGGUUUUACAAUAGUCGAUAAUCACAGUGGUGUUUGUCGAGCUGAUAAUCAAGAAACACAAUUGCUCUUCGCCAGUGGUCCUGACAUACGCGCGUACAGCCUCCACAGGAAGGAAGAGAUACCUGCAAUUGCCAAUGAGAAACGCAUUCGAUCCAUCGAUAUCGAUCCCAAAAUGGAAUAUGUAUUCUGGAUAAAUUCUCACGAUAACACGAUUAAACGGUCGUACAUGAUAAAUGCCAAAGAGGGACAGGCUAAAAUAGGAUACGCCCAGGAUUUGAAUAUCCAGAGUGACGCUGAGCCAGUUAGUAUCGCGGUUGAUUGGAUAUCGGAUAAUCUCUAUUGGGGUGAGGUUGAUACUAAUGCACCACUGCAGUUUGGUAGAAUAAUGGUUGCUAAAUCAGAUGGGCGAUAUCGCAGGAGUCUUAUCACAAUGGGACUUGAAAAUCCGGUGGCAAUAGCUGUGGAUCCGGAAUUGGGGAGACUUGUGUGGGCGGAUGCUGGGGCUCAACCGAAGAUUGAAAUCGCUUGGAUGGAUGGUAGUAGACGGGCACCUCUGGUUUCUAGACACUUGGGUAGACCCUCGGCUUUGACCAUUGAUUAUUCCAUGUACCAUACUAUUUAUUGGGCGGAUAGUAAACUCAAUGUUAUUGAGUCAAUUGAACCGGAUGGAUCGAAUAGAAAAGUCAUCAUCAAGGGAGAGUCCCUCAAACAUCCGAUAUCCCUCGAUGUCUUUGAGAAUAAUCUCUUUUGGGCUACUAAAUACACUGGAGAGGUCCUCAAACAGGAUAAAUUUGGACGGGGAGUCGUGGAAAUUAUCGCUAAGAAUUCGGUGACUGGGGGUGGAGUUAAGAUUUAUCAUUCUUUGAGGUAUAACACCACUCUACGGCCUCCAUGCAAGAGUGAUAGCUGUUCGCAUCUUUGCGUUGGCAUUCCCUCAGGAUACAGGUGUCUCUGUCCAGACUCGGCUGGUGCACAUCUACCACAGAUCAGUGAGAGAAUUUGUGAUGCCACUGUUGAGAGACCUAAGCCAUCGCCGAGGAUAUGCCCGUGUCGAAAUGGAGGAGUUUGCAUUACUGAUGAUAAUAAUGAACUGCAAUGUCUCUGUGGUAUUGACUUCCACGGGGAGCAUUGCGAGGUCAAUCUCAGGGCCUCGAGGGCCAGCGGUUCUACUGCUGCCAUCGUUAUUCCUAUUGUCGUGUGUUUGCUCAUUUUAUUUGCUGCUGCUGGUAUUUUUAUUGUUCUGAAAAAACGACCUUUUGGAAAACCUGGGGGACUUGGUGGCUUGACUGCUCAAAGUGUUUCCUUCAGACAGGGCAGCAAUGUGGAAUUUGGAGGGCCGGCUCACGAAAGAAUGGAACCUCUCGAUGUUGAGUACAAUCUUGGUGACGUAAGCACGAAGAAUCGUGAUUUCAGCAAUCCAAUGUACGACGCAGUUAAUCAAGAAUCCACAAACGGAACGACAAGUUCAAUAUAUGAAGUACCAGCUGAGAUGAAACCGUCAACAAUUCAACACAAAGAGCCACCCCAGUUGCACCUCAAACGGCGUGAAUUAGAUCCCACGCCUAUUGACUCAGGCAAGGAUACCCAGCAGUUGGUGGAGGAAGACAAAUCCGAAUGCUAGGUGUCCGUAAAUAAAAAAAAAUAAAAAUAUCAUUCAGUAAAUGAUGAUUGUUCACACCUAUUGUAGCUUGGAUACGUGAGUCUUCCCGAUAAAUAUAAAAAUUGGCAGCUUCUCUAAUGUUAUUCAUCAUCGAAUGAUUGUUGGGUUUAUAUACAUAUAUAUGGAUGUUAAUUAAAAAUCUGUUUUUUUUUUCGUCUCAAGCUACGAUAGGCACGAUAUGAUUGUGUCAUUAUUUUAUUUUUUAUUAGGUGUGAUUUUGUAAGUCUUUGUAAAUAUUAUGACUAUGAAAAAUAUUAAUUUUUAUGUUAUCCGUGUACCAUAAAAACGCAACCACCACAUUCCACUAUUUUUUUUUUCUCUUUCUUUCUAUUCGAAGGCUGCUGAACCCAAGGAUUAUAGUGAUAGCGCGAAGAAAAAUAUAUAUAUAUUUUUGUCUUGUUGGAAGUGGAGUUGAUAUAAAUAUUAUGUAUACAAUUAUAACUAUGUAUUGAGUGGAAAAGCAAAUGUAAAAUGGAAUAAGUAGGACCAAGAAAUUAAUAUAGUUCGAUGAGAGAUUUUUUCUUUGAUUUGAGAGGAGCUUAGGGAAUUAGGACUGAAAGAGAUGAUGCUAUGAUGAUUAAUAGCGGCCAAAAUCACGUGCGCAUGAUGUAUUUUUUUUUUUUUAAUUUUUCUUAGUUGGUUUUUAUGGUGACUGGACUGGCUUAAUUUUUCAAAUUUUGAAUUAUUACGUUUGUUUUUCUAUAUUUCUAUUCCCCUCUCCCUCUCUAAGACGUCCUAUUAAACAUUAUUGAUUAUUGUAGAUGUUAAAGAUGAAGUUGAAAAAACAAAAAGUAUAUGAAUAAAUGUUUUCUUAUAGAGUGUCAACAUUCAGAAUCAUUUGGUCGGCCUCAGCGACAUUGAUUGUACAUUCUAGUUCUCAUUUUAUCUACAUUUUUGUACUGCAACAUUGUGGCGUUAGACAAUCCAAAUUUAUCAUUUUUAAUUCCCUCUAUAUUCGAUAAUAAUUGCCAAGACGCUAAUGAGACCACUGUGCACAAAUAAUUAUACACAAACAAAAUAAAUUUCAUAAAUAAACAUAUAUUUUUCUAUGACAGAGGGUGAAAGAAAAAUCGGUUGACACUGGGCCGGAUCCUAACAGUCAAAUUAUUCCUCCUAUCUUCCAUCAGUAUUUACUGUUAUUAGAAGAAUCAAAUUAACGAAUUAGCCAAGAAUGAGAAACUAAUUGUUAAUAUAUUGUGCAAAUAUCAAACUGAAACCGUCCAACAAUAAAAUUUGAAGAAAAUA